AACUGGAAAGGUUACAACAUUACUCCGUAGUUGUUUGGCGAGGAAACCAUUCUAGCCGCGAAGUUGAAGAGUGAAUUGCGGCAAUGUUAAAACAGGCUAUUAUCCUGGUCGCGGCCUACGCGUCUCUGGUCAUCGCACAUCAUGGUCGGGACCAGCCACACCGCGCCAUAGCCAAGCUCUCUGGAGACAACGUCCAAGGCAACAUCACGUUCACUGAGCUGGAAGACGGGAAGGUCAGAGUCCAGGGUACCAUAUUCGGGCUGCCAGCAGGACCCUACGGGUUCCAUGUGCACGAGAAGGGGGAUAUCACUGGCGGGUGUGGAUCUGCCGGGUCACACUUCAAUCCUGAUCAUCAAGAUCACGGUCACCCGAAUGACCAAGUACGUCAUGUCGGUGACCUUGGUAACGUAGUCUUUGACAACAACAACGUCAGCACCCUGGACUUCGUCGACACCCAACUAGCCUUGCAAGGCCCUCACAACAUCAUUGGAAGAAGUGUGGUCCUUCAUGAAAGAGAAGAUGAUUUUGGAAGAACAAGUCAUCCGGAUUCGAGGAAGACUGGAAAUGCUGGCGGGAGAGUCGCCUGCGGAGUUAUCGGCAUUUUGUAGGCAUCUUUCAAUAAUGUUGCAGCUAAAGUUCUAGAUAUUAGUAAAUGAAAUGAUUAAAAAAGAUAAGAAUUACAAGAAGAUAACGCUACUGCUGUUU